ACAUGAAACUAAAAUAAAUUUGUAGUCGUGGUACAAGAUAUAAAAUCAAAGGCAUAGUGCUAGUGAGGUACUUUGAGCGCUAUCUGUCUCAAUACCCAAAACAAAUGUUGUAGAAUUUUGUAUUGUUUCUAACAACGAACUAAGCCAGACGCUCAAUAUUUAGUUUUAUUCUGUGGUUCAAGUGUUCUACCUUCACAUUCGCCACCAGCUGUUUGGGCAUGCGCAGUACGCCCGCUUAUCAUUAUCACUGUUAUUGUUAACAACACCAAGACAACGGGUAUACGAUUGUACGACAAGUGUAACGUUUUUUUUAAAAAAUAAAAUAUUUGUAGGUUUUGUAAAUUUGUAUGUGUUGUUUUCAUAAUUACUCUACCGAAACGUCCGGAGCAUGUUUUUUAAAUUCAUUUGAUUUGUGAUAAGAUUAAUUGACGUUUACGGUGCUAUUCUGUAGUAAGGAUAAUAUUAUACAUUGUGUAGGCUUGCAGCUUAAAUGAUAUCAAAUAAUUGAAAUAGGUACCUUGAUUCAUAGCUACGUUUUAAAAUGUCGAAUUAUUCAAAUAUUCCAAACUUGCCAACAUAUUCUCAAUUCCGAGCAACGGAAACUUGGCAAGCAUUAGUUGACCAUUUCAGAAGUGGUAUGCCAUUAAAAUCACAUCGGUACCAACUUUGGUUUAGAGACAACUGUUUCACGGGAUUUGAAGCAGUUGAUUGGAUGUUUAAUGAAGCGUCUUCUGGAAAAUUACAAUAUUUGUUCAAUAAAGGAGUUACACGUCAACAAAUAGUAGCCUUAAUGAAUAAAUUUUAUGAAGCUGACAUUUUUAAAGCUGUCAGUACAACCUCAACAAAAUUUAAGGAUAAGUCAGAAUUAUAUGAAUUUGCAUUACCAAAGAAUAUGAAUAAAACAAUCAGUAAAGGAUCUGUAUUGUCAUCAUUAAAUGUAUUCCUUAUGAAUAAACCUCAAUCGUUGUCUCCUCAACCCAAAAGAAGUGAAAAAGUUAUUAGUAGUCAUAGAAUGAAGUCUUAUUCGAUGGAAAAUGUUGCAAUGAACACAUAUUUAAAUGAAAAUCAUAAAAUUGCUAAUUUCAUUAUACAAAAUUUGCGGAAUAUUCUGAAAAGUUUUAAUAUGGAUGAUUUUCUAAAUACUGAAAAUUUAAAUAAACAGUGGAUAAUCAUGAAUAUUUAUAAUCAAGAUUAUAAUGUUGAUGGUUUAUUUCCUCAUUGGGUGAAGUCUGCAAUGGAUAGUUUAACAUCUGAUAUGGAAAUGAAUGAAUGUACUUAUCCUGGAUUUAAAGCCGAUGUUUAUUCUGUAAUCAAGGAUUAUUUUUUAAACUCAGAGGAACCACUGAUUCCAAUAUCUUUUUAUGAAAUAUUUAUUUCUAUUUUGGUUGUAGUUGAAAGAUAUGAUCAUAUGUGUAAUAAAAAUGUUAAACAGACAGAAAAUAAUAAUUCAACCCAAUUAUCAUCAAACAUGUGCUGGGAAACUGAAUUUUCUACGGAUCACUCAAAAACGUGCAUUGUUAAUAAGUGUUUUGAUAUUUCCGGACAACAAGUAUCAUCACUUUCCAGAUCUUCUGUCAGUAGUUGUAGCAGUUCAUCAUUUUUUGAAUCUUGUGAAAUAGAACAAAGUAAAAUGGAACAUAAACCAUUAAAUAUUUCACAUAAAUAUUCAAAGCCGAAAUUAACUCGAACAAUCAGUUCACCAGAAAUAUCUGUAAAAUCACAAUCAUAUUAUCAUAAAAAUAUGGAAAAAAUAAGGAAAAGGAAAAUUGGUCGCACCAUAUCUAAUAAUUCAAUUAAUCCAAAAAAUUUAAAUGAACAUAAUGAGAGCUUCUAUUCAGACGAGUAUGGUUUUAAAAAUAAAUCAUUAGAAAAUGAUAAAUUUGUUUGUCCAUCUACUUCUGGAUAUGUUAAUUUUGGACUUUUUCAAUCUGAAAACAUUAACAACGAUGAUGCCGAUGGAUUUGAUUUAGAUAUGGCAAUUUCUACUCUACAUAAACUAAUCGAUAUAACACAAAUGGACCAUACUCAAAUCCUUAAACACCAAUCAUUUAAUGGUUUAAAUGAAAAAUCGUUACAUUUGGGUAUUCUUUUAUAUCAAUUAUUAAGUCUAUGUCUUCCACCAUUGAAUAGAGCAAAGUUACAAGUAUUUUUAAAGUUUGUUUCUCAUCUAUCUUCGACUUACACUAAGAUUACAGAUAAAUUAUGUUGUGCAGUGUUGAGACAAAAUGUUAAUCAAUUUGAAUAUGAUUGUUUAGCUACUGAUGUUGUUAAAUUUUUGAUACACAGUCAAAAAUUAAUAUUUUUACCUAUUAAAACUGAUUCAAUUUUAUCAGAAAAGUUCAAUUCUUUUAGUAAUGAUGAGCAACUGUUUAAGGGUAGUAUGCACUAUUGCCUUAGAAUAUCAGAUAAAGAAUUUGAAAAACAAAGAAGUACUGAAUCUAAAGAAGCCCUUAUUGAAUUGUUGGAUCAAAUCAUAAGUAGUACAUCAAUGUCUAAUAAAGAAAAGAGUAAACGUAUAAAAUUAUUCCAAAAGAUGUACCCUGAUGUUUAUGAAAGAAGAUCUACACUCCUAGAACAACAUAAAAAACGGAAUCCUGUAUUAAAUUAACUUAAAACUAAAAAUCUAUGAAUUCAAAUAGUUAAUUGAGAAAUUAAAAUAUAUUACCUUAUAUUAUUACUAUUAUUUUUAAUGUUUAAAAAUUAUUUUUUAUUAUGUGAAUAGUUUUUUAAGUAUAGAUCUUACUUAUAUUCAAAAAGAAAUUAUAACAUUAUUUUAAUUGAGCUGGUUCUUAUGUAGGAUCUACUUUUUGUACUUUUUUCUAUGUUUUAUAUUAAAGCGGUGCUCAUGUGUUUGCAGAA